CCCGGAUUCCGGAUUCCAUCGUCUGCCACUUAUCUAUCCUAUCCUAUCCUAUCCUAUCCAUCCACUCACCGACCCACGACCACACCACCCCAACCCCCUCAACCAAACCCAAAAACCAAACACAAACACAACCCCAAACCCACAAAGACGAAAAUCAGAAUGUCCAAAUCCUUCACCCCCACCGACAUCGCCGCCCACAACACCCCCGACAAGGGCCUCUACAUCAUCAUCGAUAACAGCGUCUACGACGUCACCACCUUCGUGGAUGAGCAUCCGGGGGGCGCGAAGAUCCUGAAACGAGUGGCCGGGAAAGAUGCCUCGAAACAGUUUUGGAAGUAUCACAAUGAAGGGGUGCUGAAAAAGUACACGUCCAAGUUGAAGAUCGGCGAGGUGAAGGAGGAGGCCAAGUUGUGAUGAGGGUAUUAGAAUUAAGACUACGAGGAUGAUCGGGCUGCUGGAGAUUUAGAAAUGCUUUGGGAGGCAUCAGCUGGGACCGAAAUUUGAUGAGGCAUGAUCCAAUGUGAGACUAGACCUUCGCCAAUUACUAAUAACAUUAAACAAUACUAUCCGCCAAAUAUAACGAGCGA